AGCAACAACAUCAACACCAGCAGCAUGCGGAAGUGAUUUAGCGCGAGCUCUCCACGCGUUUCUGCGCGAGCUUUUUUCUCUUCUCUGUUCCUCGCGCCUGAUCUCACCAUCACACUGGUGCAUGGAUCGUUUCUCCUGACUGCUGGACUGAUAAUGAAUGAUGCUGGGACACUUUUAAAACCUACUGGUUCGACGUGGAUAAAAAAAAGAAUGUCUUAAAUCUAAAAGACGGACACAUCUUCUAAAAGAUGGACACUGCUGUGCCUGAUGAUGAAUCUGCCAGUCCAGAUGCUGUAGAUCACAAGGAUUCAAAAAUUUCUCCAAGCCUGGAUUGUGAGGAGCAUAAGCCUGAAUGUCGAGAAGAUGCCGCAGAUGUAGAGAUGGUUGAGAACGAUGAUCAGAAAAGCCAUGAAGAUGACGAUGAAGCAAAAAAGCCUGAAAGUGAAGGCCUGAAAGACAUACAAGAAGAAUAUGGAAUGGUGUCAAAGAGUGAGGAUGAAAAGAAAAAUAAUACCAGGCAGGAGAAGGAAAACGAGAAGGUCCCACAGCAGGAGGAGAGCAUUGCGAAUGGAGAUGAGACUCUAGAUAAGAACGUCGCAGAGAAAAAUACGGAUGAGAUGGACGAGAACCAGAAGACAUCAGACGAACAGAAGGAUGUGGCGGAAGAAAUAGAGGAGGAGAGUUGUGAGCAGGAUCAGGAACCCAAAGUGAAUGAAGAGAAGAGACAGGAUGGUAGAGUUGGAACAGCUACACCUGAAGUUGCAGCGAUGGAUGUUGGUACGAUGCAGACGCCUGAGACGAUGCAGACGCCUGAGAUGAUGCAGACGCCUGAGAAGAUGCAGACGCCCGAGACGAUGCAGACGCCCGAGACGAUGGAGAAGUCUGAGGCGAUGCAGACUUCUGAGACGAUGGAGAUGUCUGGUCCAGCAGAUGUAACCACAGAAAACCAUGCGAAUCGAGAUCUGAAGGACCGGCCGAAGAACCUUCCGGAGCAUACGCCAAAGCAUCCUGUCCAUCCGAGGAUGAAGAAAAAGUCAACUCCUCACAUUUCUGUCUCUGCUCCUGUGAAGAUCAAGGACGAGCCGUUGGACGAAGAAUAUGAGAACGCUCUUGGUCCUCAAGCUCCUGCUGGAAAGAUCAAGGACGAACCAGAUACGUGCGAGGAAUUUGCCCAGAAGACGUCCGAGCAGAUAAAGAUUUCCGCUGUGUUCUCUGUCGGUGGAAGCUCUACAGCUUCAGGUUCUACGCCUGCAGCCGCCGCGGCAAAUGCGCCGUCCGUCCCGUCUGCGGCCGUCUCGAACCCGAGCUCCUCCAGCGCCCUGUGUGUGGUGUGUUCAGGCUGCAAAAAGAUCCUGCUUAAAGGCCAGACGGCUUUCCAGCGUAAAGGCAACCCUCAGCUCUUCUGCUCACCACGAUGCCUCUGCAGCAGCACGUCCGCAGAGACUGUGCCGUUGCCCGGGGCGAGAAAAAUCUGCCAUUACUGCCUCAAAGGCAUUUCCAACCCGAAGGACGUCAUCAACGCCACGGUGGAUUCCACGAAGUCGGUGAAGGAUUUCUGCAGCCACAAAUGUCUCAGCGCCUUCAACAACAAGAGGGACAGCGCAAACUGCGCCCUGGCCACCAAAUGCAGCAUGUGUCAGAAAGCGUGUUCGAUUCGUCACGAGGUGAACUUCAUGGGCGCGGUGCAUAAGCUGUGUAGCGACUUGUGCUUUCGCCAAUUCCGCGCCUCCAAUAAGCUCAGCAUGAGCUCCUGCGAGACCUGUGGGGUUUACUGCUACAGCGACGGCAAGAGUCCGUGUCUGAUAGUCGACGGAGUCGCCAAGAAGUUUUGCAGCCAGAACUGUGUGUCUGCUUUUAAAAAGAAGUACACGAAGGUCGUGCCCUGCACCAUGUGCAGAGUUUAUCGUCCCCUCACGGAAAUGGUGGAGAACCUCAAUGCGGAGGGCAACACGGAGCUGUUCUGCUCGUCCACAUGCGUGACCGCUCACAAAGUACAGACGGUCAGCUCGUCAGGUUCUGCAAUGGAAUGCAACCACUGUAAGAAGGUCCUGGUUCCUCAGUAUCACCUGGCCAUGUCGGACGGGAGCAUCCGCAACUUCUGCUGCUUCACUUGUGUCAUAGCAUUUCAGGACGCCUUCAACAAGACUCAUCCUCAGAGCAGCCAGACAAGCGGCGCUCCUGCUCUCAGCACCGCUCAGAUGACGUCUGUGCAGUCCGUCCCUGCAGAGCCCAGCUCACCCGCGUUACCCCAGGGUCUCUCAGGGACCAAAUUCUCCUGUGCCCAGUGUCAGCGUUUAUUCUUCUCCAAGCCUGAGCUGCUUGAAUUCAAGGGAAAGAUGUACGUGUUCUGCGAUAAGACUUGCACCGACGAGUUCAGGAGAACCCACUACAUCAUGGCUCAGUGUGUGUACUGCAAAAUCGAAAAGGUGGUGAAGGAGGUGAAGAGGAUUAACAACUUAGACUGCUCUUUCUGCAGCGAAGGCUGCAAACUUCUGUACAAGCAUGACCUCGCCAAAUUCUGGGGAAAGAGGCACUGUCGCAACUGCCUCUACUGCAGCAGCACUUCUCAGACUGUAAUGACCAGCAUCUUUUCCGGUAAACAGGAGGAGUUCUGUGGGAAAGAAUGCCUGUCCCAGUACACACUGCUAUUCUGUGAGGUGGCUCAAUGCAGCAUGUGUAAGCGGGGCAGGAAGAUGACCGAGUCGGUGAAAUGGCUGAACGAGAUGAAGCACUUCUGCAAUCUGAAGUGUCUGAUGCACUUCUGUAACCUGCACGCGUGCACUUCAGCCGCCCUCGGGACCCAUGCCUCGACGUUGCCCGUCUCCAUAGCGCCCGCCACCCAUUCCGGCGUCUCCAGCAUAACGACGCUGUCAUCACUGGCUUCCAAAGAGUCCACGCCCGUCAUUGCCAACGUUAUAUCGCUCUCUAGCGCCACCAACGGACAGCCGAAUGUGUUGGGAAAUGCCGCGCUGCAAGGAACCGUCCCUACUGUUGUAAAGCUGAUAGGAAACGCGAGCACACAGACAGACGGAGUGAAACCGCCGUCUGCGCCGCCCAGGAUCCUGAAGAACAAAGCUCUACUCUGCAAACCAAUGAGCCAGAACAAGGGCACAUCCUGCAAACCCAACACCUCCAGCAUCCACACGCAAACAGAUGAAACCCCACCCAAAGUAAUAGUCAUACCCUUACCCGUGCCCGUGUUCGUUCCUGUUCCUGUGCACCUCUACACGCAGUACACGCCCCACCCGCUCGGACUUCCUUUUCCGGUACCAGUGCCCAUGUUUCUGCCCACUACUCUGGACAGCGCAGAGCGAAUCGUCGAGACGAUUCAGAAGAUCAAGGAAAAAAUCCCGGACAACCCUCUGGAGGCCGACCUAAUCAUGAUGGCAGAGAUGGUGGCUGAGGACAGCGAGAAGGACAAAGCUGUCUCCCAAGGAGACCACGAGGACAAUUUCAUGGAAGAUUUCGAUUUGGAAGCUCUCUCCAGCCACCUCAGUUGGGAGGACGACAGCAUCUCAAGUGCCUCCCGAUGGGGACAGAACUCUGAAUCUGAACGAGUGGCCCCCUCCAGACAGGAACAGCAGUCUCCCAGCUCCCUCCCACACGAACCCCUGAUGGACCUGGAGGCAGAUUUCCCAAUCGAGAGCUUUGAGCAUUUGGAACGCCACCCACAGGAGGACAAGGGCGUGGCCGCCACACGGCCGAAAACGCGCAAGAGGACCCGUGAUUGUUUCUCUUCGAAGAAACGAGCCCGUAAACGUGCAGAAGCUCCUCAGGCAUCAGCAGCUGAAGUUCAGCCCCUGACCAGAUUGCACACUGAAUACGGAGUUCAGGCGUGGAGGAGCUGGGUACGCUGGAGAGAAACGCAACCUCAGAUGGAGAUGCCCAAAAUCGGCACGCGGAACAUCAGGAUACAGGAGGACCUGUUACAGUGCAGCAUGGCUGAGCUGAGCUACGGCCUCUGCAAGUUCAUCGCUGAAGUCCGUCGCCCUAACGGCGAAGCGUACACCCCAGACAGCAUCUUUUACCUCUGCCUAGGCGUUCAGCAGCACCUUUUUAAAAAUGGCAGAAUGGAGAACAUCUUCGCGGACGUUUUCUACACUAAAUUCUGUCAAACUAUGUCCAGUUUACUGAAAGACUGGAAACCCACCAUCCUUCCCAGUGGCUAUGUGCACUCUCGAGUGGAAGAAGAGUACCUGUGGGAGUGUAAGCAGUUGGGCGCGUUCUCCCCGAGCGUUCUCCUCAACACCCUGCUUUACCUCUGCACCAAGUUCUACAACUUCAAGACAGUAGCUCAGCACCGCCGCCUGUCCUUCGCCCACAUCAUGCGCUGCACUCGUUCCCAAGCCGACGGCACCAAGAUGUCCUGCCUCCGCUUCUACCCCCCCGUGCACAAAGACGACAAAUCCACACCGAACGAAGACCAGGACGGAGUUCCUGCUAAGAGGAAAAAAGAAGACGAUGAGGACGAGGAAGGGGUGGUGCUGGAGAUGCAGGAGAACAUUGAAAACCCUCUCCGCUGUCCCGUCCGGCUCUACGAGUUCUAUCUCUCCAAAUGCUCGGCCACGGUGAAGCAGCGCACGUCCGUCUUUUACCUGCGUCCCGAGCGCUCGUGUGUCCCUAACAGCCCCUUGUGGUUCUCCCAAGUGGCUCUGGGUGACGGGGAGCUGGAGAACAUGCUGAGGCGUAUCCUCACCGUCCGAGAGAUCCACCUGGAGAGAGAAAAACCCCCGGACGCGUCCGAACCCGAGAACCAAAGCGAUUCCGAGUAACACAGCGACGAUCCUGCAGUCCCGCGAUUAUACGUUCAAACCUUUCGAUCUCGUGCGAGAACUUCCAUGCACGUGCACGAGCUUCAUCUCCAUCCGGUCGAUUGUCCUUCUCCAGAUUCCGGCGCUAUACCCUCUGACAUACAGCGCUUUUACAGAUCAUUUAUAUCGUUUUAGAAAAUCCAUUUGAAUUCUUUUGUUUUUCAUCAAACACUACAACGUCUAUUUCUGUGUGUGUGUGUGUGUGUGUGUGUGUGUGUGUGUGUGUGUGUGUGUGUGUGUGUGUGUUUAUGAAUCGUUUGAUUUUAUGACCUCAGCCACCGUGUCCAUGGUUGUCUCAACUCUUCCACACGUUUCUCAGAUUUAACUUUUAACUUUUUUUUUUUUUAAGGCAACAAAAAAACCAUGAACCAGCAAAUCCUUUUAAUAACCCAAAUAAAUAAUCUGAUAAAAAUGA